AUGUUCUAGGACUGUUUUUCAUACUCAGGAACUGGCACUCUUAUUCCUAUUGAAGAUAUGAUGAAUAGUAAAAAGUACAAAGUCAUGCUAGAGCAACGCUUAGCUAUAGAGCUUGACAAAGUACAGGUCGUAGGGACUGAAAUUUUUCAACAAGAUUCAGCUCCGUGCCAAGUAUCGAAGGUUAUAAUGAAAUACUUCAAAGAUAAUAAUAUUACCCUUCUUGAUUGGUCUGGGAAUUCACCUGACCUUAAUCCUAUCGAAAAUUUUUGGGCAAUAUGUAAGGUUAAACUGUAAAAAUUUGACUGUACGACAAAAACAAAAAUCGUGGAAGCAGUGAUUAAGGUGUGGUUUAGAGAUAAAGAAAUCACAAACAAUUGUGAAUUCCAUGCCUAGAAGACUCCAGGAAGUCAUAA